AUGGCACUGCUGCCCAUUGAUCCCAUGCCUCCCAUACCUCCCAUACCUCCCAUUCCGCCCAUUCCGCCCAUUCCUCCCAUACCGCCCAUUCCUCCGGUAGCACCCAUGGAGCCCAUACCUCCCAUGGAACCCAUACCUCCCAUGGAACCCAUACCUCCCAUAGAACUCAUACCUCCCAUAGAACUCAUACCUCCCAUAGAGGUCAUACCGCCAGUAGAUCCCAUACCUCCCAUAGAGCUCAUACCGCCCAUUCCUCCCAUACCUCCCAUAGAGCUCAUACCGCCCAUACCACCCAUACCUCCCAUAGAACUCAUACCUCCCAUAGAGCUCAUACCGCCUGUAGAUCCCAUACCUCCCAUAGAACUCAUACCUCCCAUUGAGCCCAUGCCUCCCAUACCGCUCAUACCUCCCAUAGAGCUCAUACCACCACCAAAGGGAUAUGACGAGUAG